AUGAAUUUACAAUUUAUAGUAACAAUCCUUCGUGCAUUGCAAUUAUUCUUUUCUGUGUUAGUCUUAUGUCUAACUGCAGCAACUUUAGGUCUUGCAAGUGCAAAUAGCAGUUCUGUAAGUUUCAAUUUAGCCACCUCGAUUCUUACCUUAGUUUAUUUUGGAUAUUUGACAUUCUUACAUGUCAAACAAGCAAACACAGUUAUUUCCUUCCCCAUAUUAGUUGUUGAAGCUAUUCUUACCAUUCUAUGGUUAUCUGCUUUUGCUGAUAUUACCAAUUUUGCUGGUCCAUUAAGUUGCAGUUAUGGCUAUUAUGGUUAUUAUUAUGAUGAGGAUAAUGUAUACAGUAGAGGUAAACAUAUUUGUGAAUUAGCCAAAGCAACUAUUGCAUUUUCAUUAUUCAACUGGCUAUUAUUCACUGCCACACUUAUUUUAUUUGUCAUUUAUACCUUCAUUCCUUUAACAAAAGUCAAUAACUUUGACUAUACUACCAAGACUCAAUCAGUAUUUCAACCUGGUGCAAUUUUCCUUGCUACUCCUAUUCAAGAUAAGGAACUGAAUGUAGGUAUUUCAGAUAAUGGUAAUGAAACUGAUAUCCACAAUGAUAAACUCGAACACAGUGAUCAUGAAAAUAUUGAAGAUGGAGAAUACAAACCUCCUGGUACCGAAAUCACACAAACUGAUUGA